AUGGCUUACAAGGAAUCAGUUGAUUGUUUGAACGCGAUAAAUGAUUUGAAGAAUGGCAGAUUGAAAUACAUUCUAUUGGGUAUUGAUCCAACUGGGUCUGAAGUUAUUCUUAAAGAUACGGGGAACAGGCAAACUGCAGACUAUUUGGAAUUUAUUAGCAAGCUAAGAACAUCUCAGCCAUGCUAUGGCAUUUAUGCAUUUAACAAAACAGAAUCAGUCAAUUCUACUGUACUGUUUAUGUGGUUGCCUGAUUAUGGAACGGUUGAAGAUAAGCUUAAGGUUGUGUCAAAUCUUGCAUCACUUAAGAACAGGUUUAAAGUUGAGAAAGCUUUUACAGCUACAACUGUAUCUGACCUUAGAGCUUUCCCACUUCAGACGAUUUUUUAA